AUGUUGUCGCAUAAAGUGUUUCAAGCUGCGGCCCAUGGAGCUCGGCAGUCUGGGUCGGCGCGUGCCGCUCUUCUGGCCGGCAAAGCUCAAUGCGCUAGCUCUACCCUUCCUAUGCAAGGCCGUCGGUCAAUCUCGGUCUACGGUUAUACACAAGCCAAGGCAUUAGUAUACUCUAAAUAUGGCGAGCCAAAGGAUGUCCUCAGCCUCCACAAACACUCCAUCUCCGCCCCGCAUGGCUCACAAGUGAACCUCCGCCUUUUGACAGCGCCCAUGAACCCUGCCGAUGUGAACCAGAUCCAAGGCGUAUACCCUAGCAAGCCUCCUUUCCUUCAGACUCUUGGCACAGCCGAACCAUCGGCUGUUGGUGGCAACGAGGGUGCAUUCGAAGUGAUUUCAACGGGCAGCAAUGUGAAGAAUCUGUCUAAGGGAGAUUGGGUCAUUAUGAAAAAGACUGGUCAGGGUACUUGGCGUACCCAUGCGCAGCUAGACGAGUCGCAACUUAUCCGGAUCGAGAACAAGGAAGGCUUGACACCUCUACAGAUUGGUACUGUCAGUGUCAAUCCCGUCACUGCCUACCGUAUGAUGCGAGACUUUUGCCAAUGGGAUUGGAUGCGCGCGGGCGAGGAAUGGAUGAUCCAAAAUGGUGCCAAUAGUGGUGUCGGACGUGCUUCCAUCCAGUUCGGCCGCGAGUGGGGUAUCAAAACGCUGAAUAUUGUUCGUCAGCGCAAGACACCCGAAGAGACCGAGGCCCUGAAGCAGGAAUUGAAAGAGCUCGGUGCUAAUGUCGUUGUGACCGAAGAGGAAAUGCUUACUGGUGGUUUCCGGGACAUGGUUAAGGAGGCUACCCGCGGAGGCCGAGAGCCUAUCCGUCUUGCAUUGAACUGCGUUGGUGGAAAGAAUGCUACUGCGCUUGCAAAGACUUUGGCUCCAGACUCCCAUAUGGUGACCUACGGCGCCAUGUCCAAGCAGCCUGUGGCUCUGCCAUCUGGGCUGCUGAUCUUUAAGAACUUGGCCUUUGAUGGAUUCUGGGUCAGUAAGUGGGGCGAUAAGAACCCCGAGCUGAAGGAGAAUACCAUCAAGGAUGUGCUUCAGAUGACGCGCACUGGUAAGUUCAAGGACAUUCCUGUGGACGAUGUCAAGUGGAACUGGAAAUCAGAGGGUGAAGAGCUGGCCGAGAGUGUACAAGGGACCCUGGGAGGUUACCGCAGUGGAAAGGGAGUGUUCACUUUCACUGGCGGCGAUGAAUAA